AUGAUUGAGAGUGACAGAGAGCUUUCAGCGAUGGUCCAGGAGCUGUGGGACAACGACACCAACCGGCUGAGACCUGGGACGGACUAUCGCAUCUCACUACAGGGAAAGGUGGGAGACACAAUGGGAAGCGAUGACAAAAAUGACGCCGCUGGAUUCCCACUUUUCACAUACGUGGACGAGAGCAUUUUCAAAAAGGAGACGUUUUUGGCUUUUAUCUCCCUCCUGGAUAACUAUGUGAGUGACACUGGGGAGCCAGAGAUCGUGACUCCCGAAGAAGAGGCUGAAAACCACAAGUUUCUCGACUCAAUGAUGCAAACUCCCACAAUGAAGAUCGCUCAUAAAUACCUUGCGGAGAAGAACUUGUCGCCCAAAGGACAGGAGGAGUUCAAAAAGCAGCUGUACCGGAUCUGGUUCGAGCUCUACGCACGCCGAGGCUCCAGCAGGCCGGACUCCUCAGGCUUCGAGCAUGUGUUUGUGGGGGAGACGAGAGGCGCUCGCACUGUGAUCGGCUUCCACAACUGGAUCCAGCUGUAUCUACAGGAGAAGCUGGGACACAUCGACUACAAAGGCUACAGCGUCAGCGCCAACUCACCUCUGCCUGAUGAGAAGAAGCACAUCUUGGCUCUGCAGUUCAGCUGGAAGGACGGCAUCAAACCCAAAGGCAGCAUCUUCAUCGGCGUCAGUCCCGAGUUUGAGUUUGCUCUGUACACUCUCUGUUUCCUCUCGUCUCCGAACGAACGUGUCAAAGUCCAGUUCAGCCUGUACGACGUGGAGAUCGUGUGUCACCACUACAACCAGAAACACAUCGGCACCACUUACCCUGUGCUGCUCAAGUACCAGAACAUAAAGUAA